AUGGAUUUGAUCAGAGCGGAUGGUAAACCUCUGUCAACCUUCCAAAUUGCUCGCGUCCUCCCCAGAGAGCGAGUUAUUGCUGUGCCCUCACAUUGGACAAACCUCCACCUUGAUUUACUCAACUGCUCUUUUGGUAGAGUCACCUAUGAUCAUCCCGUUGAAGAAGAAGAAGCAGGGCCCAAUACCUUGCACUUGCUCUUCCAGUCAUUCGCCAAUGUGAACGCUUGGAAGCGAGCCCAUUCGGUACCAUACCUCAUGUGCCAGGACAAGAAGAUCUACCAGGGUGGCUGUUUAGGCCUAUUCUUUGAAGGCAAAAUUGCGGAGGUGUUUCCAUGCACCACCUUUCAUGCCCAGCCUGUCUCCAAACACGAACGCUCCCCGCCGUUCGCAGUUUAUCUGGACAUGAAGCGUCUCCAGUGGAUCCGAGAGGACUAUCAUGAGCCCUCUUCCAAGAUGUACGGUGAUAACGCUAAGAUUGCACGCGCCAUCAGUGACAUCAAGAUCAAGCAGACAACACCCGAAAACCCGAUGCACGACCCAUACAUCCCUGCGCUCUUGGUCGCUAUGGCCCAGGAGCAGCAGGCAUCUGCAGCUGAGAUUGAUUCACUCUCUGAUGUGCUGCGCAUGACAGUAUGGAGACCUCCUGUUGCCGUGAUUCAGAAUGUUGCUGACCAGACACAGUUUCGACCAAAGCUCAUUUUGGCGAAGCCCCGGUCCGACUUUGUUUACCUCUAUGAAACAAACAUCAACUCCAUGUUUCUGUGCAAGUUUAGCGACCCGGGCGUGAAGCCACCAUGCUCAACCAACAUGGAGAUUCGCAUUAGUGCAAUCCCCAUCAAGCCAAUCUACACACUUGGCCGCCGCCUCAACGAGCUUGUGCUUCCAUUUUAA